AUGGCUGAAGCCCUUGCUGCGGAGUUUGGCGUCCAACUUGCGAACCAACUCGGUUUCCAGUCCCUGGUGCUCGAAGUCGACUGUCUUCCUCUGGUGGAGAAGCUUCGACACCCGGACAGCAAUCAUACGGAACUUGGGGUCAUUUCCAGGAGAAUUAUAAGCUUCCUACAGGAAACGAGUUCAGGGAGGGUCGACAUCAUGCAUGCGAGAAGGGAAGCAAACAACGCAGCACAUAUCAUGGCGCAUAGUGAGACUAGAUGGGAUAGUAGAGAAGUGUGGAUCGAUAGACCACCGAUUUUCCUUGUAGACCAGCUCAUCCUGGAUGAUGUAACUGUCGCUGCCUGA